AGGGCUGAAACCCUAGGCCCAUUCUGAGUCCAUUUCGAAGCAACGCCUUAUAUUGCUGUGAUUGGGGGUUAGGGUUACUGGAAUCUCACAAACUGACCUUCCGCGGCGAGCUCUCUACUAUUCUGCAGCCAUGGUUCUCAAGACGGAGCUUUGCCGUUUUAGCGGUGCCAAGAUUUAUCCUGGAAGGGGCAUUAGGUUUAUAAGAUCAGAUUCUCAGGUUUUCCUCUUUGUUAACUCAAAAUGCAAGAGGUACUUCCACAAUCGCCUGAGGCCUGCUAAGCUUACUUGGACUGCCAUGUACAGAAAGCAACACAAAAAGGAUGCUGCUGCUGAAACUGUGAAGAAGAGGCGCCGUACCAACAAGAAGCCCUACUCAAGGUCCAUUGUUGGUGCGACCUUAGAGGUCAUUCAGAAGAAACGGGCCGAGAAGCCAGAGGUCCGCGAUGCUGCACGUGAGGCUGCUCUACGUGAAAUUAAGGAGAGGAUUAAGAAAACCAAAGAUGAAAAGAAGGCAAAGAAGGCUGAAGUUCAGUCCAAGCAAAAGGGUUCCGGCAAGGCCAAUGUACCAAAGGGAGCAGCACCCAAGGGCCCUAAGAUUGGAGGUGGCGGCGGCAAGCGUUGAAAGGUUUUUGCUUUUAUAUGUUAUGCAUAAGGAACACAAAUGGUUAUAAGCCAUUGCCGUUGUGUGCUGGUUUUGCUUUUGGUCUACAACUUAUUUCUUUAACUCAACAUUGUCUUGGAAGGCUAUUGGACUUUGUUUUCCCUAGAAAUAGCAUACAUUUUUCUCGA